AUGGUGUCUGGUGAUUUAACUUGUGAGGUAGGCCCGCCAUGCAGCCUUGUGUUGGCUGAUGGGUCCGUCUUCCAAGGACGGAGCUUUGGAGCACAGGUGCCAGUAGAUGGCGAAGUUGUGUUUCAGACGGGUAUGGUCGGAUACCCAGAGUCGCUGACUGACCCAUCUUAUCACGCACAACUGUUGGUACUCACGUACCCAUUGGUUGGCAACUAUGGCGUUCCUGACGAAGAUGAACAAGACGAACAUGGGAUACCUAAGUGGUUUGAAUCCAACCGUAUUUGGGCAGCUGGGUUGAUUGUCGGUGAGAUAAGCACAAAUGCGUGCCACUGGCGUGCUAAACGUUCCUUGGGCGCCUGGUUGGCGGCGCGAGGAAUCCCAGGCGUCUGCGACGUAGACACCAGAGCGCUAACAUUCCGACUCAGAGCUGGCGUUACUUUAGGGCGUAUCAUUCAAGGUGUUCCACCGUUUGGCCCAUUACCAGCUUUAUCAGAUCCAAAUAACAGAAAUUUGGUUGCCGAAGUUUCUGUAAAGGAACCCAAAAUAUAUAAUCCGAAUGGACAAGUAACAAUAAUGGCGGUUGAUUGUGGGUUAAAAUACAAUCAAAUUAGAUGUUUGAUCAAAAGAAACGCAAAGGUCGUACUAGUACCUUGGGACCACAAGCUGGACAGUAGCCAGUACGAUGGUUUGUUCAUCAGCAAUGGUCCAGGCGAUCCUGUCAAAUGUAAGAAGUUGGUGGACAAUAUGCGAACUAUAAUUGGAGAUAAAAACAGUGUUAAGCCUUUGUUUGGUAUCUGUCUCGGACACCAGUUACUGUCCACUGCAGCAGGCUGCAAGACUUAUAAAACCAGUUAUGGUAAUCGAGGACACAAUUUGCCCUGCACUCAUAAUGGUACUGGUCGAUGUUUCAUGACAUCACAGAAUCAUGGAUUCGCCGUCGAUGCAGAUUCUCUACCUGAAGGUUGGAAAAUAUUAUUCACGAACGAAAAUGACAAAACCAAUGAAGGUGUUAUUCAUGAAACUUUGCCCUACUUCAGCGUACAAUUCCAUCCAGAACACACAGCUGGACCCACCGACUUAGAGUGUCUUUUUGAUGUAUUUAUUGAUGCAGUAAAAUGUUACAAAAAUAAGCAGACCUAUAGCGUAGAUAAUGCUAUUACAGAAAAAAUAAAAUUUGUGCCGACUAUUCACGAAAGGCCGAAAAAAGUGCUUAUCCUUGGGUCCGGUGGAUUAUCGAUCGGUCAAGCAGGAGAAUUUGACUAUUCAGGAUCGCAGGCAGUUAAAGCCUUACAAGAAGAAAAGAUACAAACGGUAUUGAUUAAUCCUAACAUUGCCACUGUGCAAACAUCGAAGGGAUUAGCCGACAAGGUAUAUUUUCUCCCCAUUACACCGGAAUACGUCGAACAAGUUAUCAAAGCUGAACGACCUACCGGCGUACUCCUCACAUUUGGCGGUCAGACGGCUUUAAACUGUGGUGUAGAAUUAGAGAAAUCAAAAAUUCUAGAAAAAUACAAUGUUAGCGUCCUCGGAACUCCCAUCCAAUCAAUAGUAGACACAGAAGAUCGUAAGAUAUUUGCUGAAAAAAUCCAUGCUAUUGGAGAAAAAGUUGCACCAAGUGCAGCUGUAACAACAAUCGAAGAAGCCCUAAUAGCUGCUAAACAAAUUGGUUAUCCAGUCAUGGCUCGAUCUGCAUUCUCAUUGGGUGGUUUAGGAUCUGGCUUUGCUAACAAUGAAGACGAACUCCGCACACUUGCACAUCACGGUCUGUCCCAUUCUGAUCAACUCAUAAUUGACAAAUCUCUUAAAGGCUGGAAAGAAGUGGAAUAUGAAGUGGUUAGAGAUGCAUUCAAUAAUUGUAUCACAGUGUGCAAUAUGGAAAAUGUUGAUCCUUUAGGAAUACACACAGGAGAAUCAAUAGUAGUUGCACCCAGUCAAACCUUAUCUAACAGAGAGUAUUACAUGUUGAGAAACACUGCUAUCAAAGUUAUUCAGCACUUUGGAAUAGUAGGAGAAUGUAACAUUCAGUAUGCAUUAAACCCGAAUUCAGAAGAAUUCUAUAUUAUUGAAGUAAAUGCACGAUUAUCUCGAAGUUCAGCGCUAGCGAGUAAAGCAACUGGUUACCCAUUAGCUUACGUAGCUGCAAAAUUGGCUUUAGGUAUCCCAUUACCUGUUAUUAAAAAUUCCGUGACCGGAGUCACUACUGCUUGCUUCGAACCAAGUCUCGAUUAUUGUGUUGUUAAAAUUCCUAGAUGGGAUUUGGCUAAAUUUAAUAGAGUAAGCACAAAAAUAGGGAGUUCUAUGAAAAGUGUUGGAGAAGUGAUGUCAAUAGGAAGGAGUUUUGAAGAAGCUUUUCAAAAAGCAUUGAGAAUGGUGGAUGAGAAUGUCAAUGGCUUUGAUCCAAAUAUUAAAAAAGUAAAUGAAGACGAAUUGCGAAACCCAACGGAUAAAAGAAUGUUUGUGCUUGCCGCUGCUUUGAGAAAUGGUUAUACGGUGGAUAAAUUAUACGAAUUAACAAAAAUUGAUCCUUGGUUUCUUCACAAGUUUAAAAAUAUAAUAGAUUAUUAUAAAAUAUUGGAGGCCGAUCAUCAUGGUUCAAUUCCUUUUGACGUCUUAAAAAAAGCAAAGAAAAUCGGAUUUUCCGAUAAACAAAUCGCUGCAGCAAUAAAAAGCACUGAGGUUGCGGUUAGAAAGUUAAGAGAAGAAUAUAAAAUCACACCAUUUGUGAAACAAAUCGAUACAGUUGCAGCCGAGUGGCCAGCUUCAACAAAUUAUUUAUAUUUAACUUAUAACGGCAAUACCCACGACCUAGAUUUUCCCGGUGGAUUUACUAUGGUGCUAGGAUCAGGUGUAUAUCGUAUAGGAAGUUCUGUUGAAUUCGAUUGGUGUGCUGUCGGCUGUCUUAGAGAACUUAGAAAUCAAGGUAAAAAGACAAUCAUGAUAAAUUAUAAUCCCGAAACUGUAAGUACCGAUUACGAUAUGAGUGAUAGGUUGUAUUUUGAAGAAAUAUCUUUUGAAGUUGUUAUGGAUAUCUAUAAUAUUGAACAUCCAAACGGAGUCAUAUUAUCAAUGGGAGGACAGUUACCAAAUAACAUUGCAAUGGAUUUACACAGACAGCAAGCAAUUAUUCUUGGCACUUCGCCUGAUAUGAUUGACAAUGCCGAGAACAGAUUUAAGUUUUCAAGAAUGUUAGACCGUAAAGGUAUAAUGCAACCGAGGUGGAAGGAACUUACAGAUUUAGAAUCAGCGACUAGCUUUUGUGAAGAAGUUGGAUACCCUUGUCUGGUACGCCCAUCGUAUGUUUUAAGUGGUGCAGCUAUGAAUGUUGCAAAUUCAAAUCAAGAGUUGGAAACUUACUUAAAAUCGGCAAGUUUAGUUAGUAAAGAUCAUCCAGUGGUUAUAUCUAAAUUCAUUAUGGAUGCAAAAGAAAUUGAUGUCGAUGUAGUCGCUGCAGAUGGUGUUAUUUUUUGUAUGGCGGUCUCUGAACAUGUUGAAAAUGCCGGCGUUCACUCGGGAGAUGCUACAUUGGUUACCCCACCGCAAGAUAUCAAUAACGAAACUUUAGAUAAGAUUAAAGAAAUCGCCAGUAUCAUAGCUGAAACUUUGGAUGUCAACGGGCCUUUCAACAUGCAGUUAAUUGCAAAAGAUAAUGAACUUAAAGUCAUUGAAUGCAAUGUAAGAGUUUCGAGAUCGUUUCCUUUUGUUUCUAAAACACUAGAUCACGAUUUUGUUGCAAUGGCUACUAAGAUUAUCUUGGGUCUACCGGUGGAACCAGUUAAUGUAAUGGCUGGCUGUGGAAAAGUGGGGGUCAAAGUACCACAAUUUUCGUUCUCUAGAUUAGCGGGAGCAGACGUAACUUUGGGUGUGGAAAUGGCAUCUACGGGUGAAGUAGCAUGUUUUGGAGAAAAUCGUUACGAAGCUUAUUUGAAGUCGCUAAUGAGCACAGGCUUUAGAAUUCCUAAAAAAGCGAUUUUGCUUUCUGUGGGCACAUUUAAGCACAAAAUGGAGCUACUUCCCAGUGUAAGAAUUUUACACAAAAUGGGAUACAAAUUAUACGCUAGUAUGGGCACAGGGGACUUUUAUACUGAGCACGGAGUCGAUGUUGAAAGCGUUCAAUGGACGUUUGACCACAUAGGUGACCCUGAGGACGUGAGGUCUGACGGAGAACUGAUGCAUUUGGCUGACUUUAUGGCAAGACGAGAAUUGGAUCUAGUAAUCAAUCUACCCAUGCGUGGAGGAUCUCGUCGUGUGUCCUCAUUCUCGACACAUGGUUAUCGUACUCGUCGACUAGCCGUUGACUACGCGGUACCCUUAGUUACUGAUGUAAAAUGCGCAAAAUUAUUAGUUCAGGCUAUGCAUUUAUGUGGCGGUGUUCCUGUAAUGAAAACUCAUACAGACUGUAUGACAUCACGCAAUAUUAUAAAAUUACCUGGUUUCAUAGAUGUACACGUACAUGUCCGAGAGCCUGGAGCCACGUAUAAAGAAGAUUUUGCCAGUUGCACGGCAGCCGCUCUUGCUGGAGGUAUUACAAUGAUAUGUGCAAUGCCAAACACUAAUCCUCCAGUAAUUGACCGCUCUUCUUAUGAUUACGCGUCUGCAUUGGCUCGCGUCAGUGCUCGGUGUGAUUAUGCGCUCUAUAUGGGGGCUUCGUCUACUAACUGUGAAACGGUUUCUGAAAUGGCCCCUCAAGCGGCUGCUUUAAAAAUGUAUUUGAAUCAAACAUACACAACUCUUACAUUAGAUGAUAUGACCAUUUGGCAAAAACAUCUUCAAAAUUGGCCUAAGAAAAUGCCAGUUUGUUCUCAUGCAGAGAAAGAAAAAACAGGAGCAGUAAUUUUAAUGGCCUCCUUACUUGACAGACCUAUCCAUAUCUGCCACGUAGCAAGAAAAGAAGAAAUUUUAAUUAUUAAAUCUGCAAAAGAAAGGGGUCUGAAAGUAACAUGUGAAGUGUGUCCACAUCAUUUGUUCUUAAGUACAGCAGAUGUUAAUGAUAUCGGUGAAGGCCGGGCUGAGGUGCGGCCAGUGUUAUGUAGUCCAGAAGAUCAAGCGGAACUUUGGAAAAAUAUAGACAUCAUUGACGUCUUUGCUACUGAUCACGCCCCUCAUAGUGUAGAAGAAAAAAAUUCGGCUAAACCACCACCAGGUUUUCCUGGAUUAGAAACAAUUUUACCACUACUUCUGAAUGCAGUUCAUGAAGGCCGUUUGACUAUGGAGGAUCUAAUCAAUAAAUUCCACCGUAAUCCUCGAAAAAUAUUCAACUUACCUGAACAACCGAAUACUUAUGUCGAAGUGGAUAUGGAUUAUGAAUGGACGAUCCCAAAAGCUAUGGAAUUUUCUAAAUCUAAAUGGACACCAUUUGCAGGAAUGCAAGUUUGUGGGGCAGUUCAUCGGGUAACUUUAAGAGGUGAGAUUGCAUACGUUGAAGGACAAGUUUUAGUGCCUCCUGGUUUUGGACAGAAUGUAAGAGACUGGCCUUCACCAAAAAAACAAACUUUAGUUUCAAUUGAAAAACCAGAGAAAGAGUUUAGUCGACCCAAUUCUGCGCUUGAUGUACACAUUUCUGCAGAAUUGAGUAGAGUAAGUGACAUUGAUUUUGAUCAAAUCGACAAUAGACCCGAAGGACAGUCCAAGCCUAACGUCCACUUCAGUGAAAUUGCAGCUGCUCGGUGUUUAUCACCGUUACCUCCACAAUCGACUAGACAAAGAUGCGACAGUACAUCUAACUAUAAUCCCCCUACAACGACGGCGUCUCAGCGACAACGUAGUGACCUUUUCGGCAAAAGCAUACUGACCGUAGACUCUUUCAGUAAAGAAACUCUUAAUGAUGUAUUCAAUCUUGCGCAGUUUAUGAAAACGAGUGUUAACAAAGGCCGUUUUCUAGAUGACAUAUUACGAGGAAAAGUGAUGUCCUCCAUAUUUUAUGAAGUCAGUACACGCACUAGUUGUAGCUUUGCAGCAGCAAUGCAAAGAUUAGGUGGAUCUGUAAUUCACACCGAUGCGACUAGCUCGUCCGCAAAGAAAGGGGAAACAUUAGAAGAUAGUGUUGCAGUAAUGGCUAGUUACUCUGAUGUGGUGGUACUUCGCCAUCCUGAACCCGGCGCAGUUGCGCGUGCUGCCCGUCAUUGUCGUAAACCUAUAAUCAAUGCAGGUGAUGGCAUUGGAGAACACCCUACACAGGCUUUGCUUGAUGUAUUUACAAUUCGUGAAGAAAUCGGAACGGUUAAUGGAUUAACUAUCACUAUGGUUGGAGAUCUGAAGAAUGGACGUACUGUUCAUUCUCUAGCACGUCUUUUAACUUUGUAUCAAGUGCAACUACAGUAUGUUAGCCCUAAAGGACUAGGUAUGCCAAAACAUAUCACAGAUUAUGUUGCCUCUAAAGGUAUACCUCAAAGAGUUUACGAAAGGCUAGAAGACGUAUUGGCUGACACUCAUGUUUUGUAUAUGACUCGAAUUCAACGCGAAAGGUUCCAGAGUCAAGAGGAAUAUGAAAAGACGCGCGGGUUGUUGGUGGUAACUCCACAGUUGAUGACUCGUGCUCGAAGACGCAUGAUAGUAAUGCAUCCACUGCCACGAGUCGACGAGAUCUCGCCAGAAUUCGACUCAGACCCUCGAGCCGCCUACUUCAGGCAAGCUGAGUACGGCAUGUACGUUCGGAUGGCUCUACUUUCCAUGGUCGCCGGGGUCAAUCCUCUAACGUAG